AUGUUCCGCAAAUCCAUUAUGUCGGUUGUUGAUAGAGCACAUGAAAAUUUGGUCCAUCGUAAAACAAACGAAGAAGUAAUGAAGUCCAGCGAUAUUUCUAUACGAAUCACCAAUUCACAAACUGUCUGCCCGUCAUGGUCACCAGAUCUACGACUGGGUCUCGUCGUGCUCAGCAUCGGAAUAGCUAGUCAUUUCAUGCUGUUUCUGGAUAGCGUUAUGGACAAUCUCCUACCAGCUGCGUGGCCAUAUCUUAUGACAGUUUACGAUACCAAGGAAGAAGCCGAUGUAGCGUGGGGAAUUAUGGUUUCGUCACGAAUAUACGGUCUUGCGUUCGGAUGUUUUGCUUCCAUUUUCUUAUCCAGACGACACGAUCACAAAUUUCCGGAAGUAUACUUGGAUCUCAUAGGUAUUCUUCUCACACUACUCACUGUCAAUGUAAAAAUGGGUAUGAUGGCAGCUACUAUUGGCCGAUUUGUUAAUGGCUGUGGGCAGGGCAUUGUGCAGACUUCCGGUUCAGUUAUGCUCACGGAGCUGCCUCCACAAAAGCGAGGCAUUGCACUAGCCACGCUGACUGUGUGGGCGUGUCUGGGCGAAUUGGCUGGUAUGGUGAUAUCACUGGAAGAGCUUCUUGGACGGCCGUCUACUUGGCAUAUUGCUAUGGGUGUUCCACUACUGCUUCUUAUUUCUGCACUCUGUAUUCUUGCACGUGCACCUCAGAGCCCUCGGUAA